CCCCGCGCCGCGCGCACGGAGCCGGGCGGAGAGCCGAGCCUGCCGGACGCCGCGGCUGCAGGAUGAUGGGCGACAUCGCCCCGCGUCUCGACGCCCAGCCUCCCCGGGGGCUCCGAGCCGAGCAACGAGUUCGGCUGUCGGGGCCGCGAGCCGAGUGAGGCCGAGCCCGGUAGGCUGCAGGCGGAAACCUCAGAAAAUGUACACAAGUCAUGAAGACAUCGGGUACGAAUUUGAAGAUGACCCCAAGGCUAAGAAAACCCUCAAGCCCCACCCGGACAUCGACGGCGGCUGGGCCUGGGUGAUGGUCCUCUCCUCCUUCUUCGUGCACAUCCUCAUCAUGGGCUCGCAGAUGGCCCUGGGCGUGCUCAACGUGGAGUGGCUGGAGGAAUUCCACCAGAGCCGCGGGCUCACCGCCUGGGUGAGCUCCCUCAGCAUGGGCAUCACCCUGAUCGUGGGACCUUUCAUCGGCUUGUUCAUUAACACCUGCGGGUGCCGCUGGACCACCAUCGUGGGAGGGCUGCUGAACGCGCUGGGCUGGGUGCUGAGUGCCUAUGCGGCCAGUGUGCACUGCCUCUUUAUCACCUUUGGGGUGGCAGCCGGCCUUGGCAGUGGCAUGGCCUACCUGCCCGCAGUGGUCAUGGUGGGAAGAUAUUUCCAGAAGAGACGAGCCCUGGCCCAGGGGCUCAGCACCACAGGGACAGGGUUCGGGACGUUCCUGAUGACUGUGUUGCUCAAAUACCUGUGCGCAGAGUACGGCUGGCGCAAUGCCAUGUUCAUCCAAGGCGCCGUGUCCUUGAAUCUGUGUGUGUGUGGGGCGCUCAUGAGGCCCCUGCCUCCUGGGAAAGACGGAGGUCAUGCAGGAGGGAAAAAUCUCCAAGUAAUCCCGGCUCCCUCCAUAGAAUCUGUAAAGUCAAGUGGACAAUUGGGCGGUACAGAAGAGAAGGACGGUGUGCUCAGAAACGAGGGGAACCUCUGCGACCUUCAAGCCCAAGAGUGCCAAGGUCGGGUCCAGCCCAGGAAAAACUUGUGUGCCCUUCGAGUUCUGAAGACCCUGAGCCAGAUCACCCUGCGUGUCCGGAAGGGCUUCCGGGAAUGGUACUCAGGCUAUUUUGGGACAGCUUCACUCUUUACUAAUCGGAUGUUUGUAGCCUUUAUUUUCUGGGCUUUGUUUGCCUACAGCAGCUUUGUCAUCCCUUUUAUUCACCUCCCAGAAAUAGUCAAUUUGUAUAACUUAGCGGAGCAAAAUGAUGUUUUCCCGCUAACUUCGAUUAUAGCAAUACUGCACAUCUUGGGGAAAGUGAGCCUGGGCUUCAUGGCUGACCUGCCCUGCAUAAGCGUCUGGAAUGUCUUCCUGAUGGCCAACUUCACCCUGGUCCUCAGCAUUUUUAUUCUUCCCUUGAUGCACACAUACACCGGCCUGGCGAUCAUCUGCGCGCUGAUCGGGUUCUCCAGUGGGUAUUUCUCCCUGAUGCCCGUGGUGACGGAGGACCUGGUCGGCAUUGAACACCUGGCCAAUGCCUACGGCAUCAUCAUCUGUGCUAAUGGUGUCUCUGCCCUGCUGGGCCCACCCUUUGCAGGGUGGAUCUACGACAUCACACAAAAAUACGACUUUUCCUUCUAUAUUUGUGGUUUGCUUUACAUGGUGGGAAUACUCUCCCUGCUCAUCCAGCCGUGUGUCCAAAUUAUAGAACAAGCCAGGAGAGCACACACAGACGGCUCGCCUGUCUAGUGUCACGUGGGCCCCCUGUGGAUGGCUCCUGGCACCAUGCCUACCUCCUGUACCACGAGGAACCACUGAUGCAGGGCCGUGUCCCUCAGAAUUGUCACUGUCCCUGCUUCAUUUGGAAGCGGCACUACCUCUUGGUCUGGGGAGAGGCAGUGCUGGAAGGUUUCAAAGACUGCAGUUUUCAGAGGUGACAGUUUACAGCUUUUAAAAACACUACUCUCUUUUGCUGGACUUGGUGAUGCAUUCCCAUAAUCCCAGUCUUUGGGAGGCUGAGGCAGGAGGAUCACUGAAAGUUCAGAGCCAGUCUGGGCUACAAAGUCAGUUCAGGGCCAGCCUGAACUAGUUUGUGAAGCCCUGUCUCAAGAAGCAAAAAAUAAACAACAAAAACUGCUCUCUCUCAUCCACCAGGAAGAGUAUUUUAUCUAUAAACAUAGACAGGGAAUAAAAGCUUUUCAGCUCAAUUACUUCUUUGUAAACUCUCUGCAUGCUUCCUGAAAGCAUACAGAUAAAUGUAAUUUCAAGCACAACAAUAAUAUGGAAUAAUCAUUACAGGAAUUAUUGAUCUACUGGUAUAAUGCAAAGGCAGGCUCCAAUUUCAAAGGUAAUACCAUUUAGUACAAUUAAAGAAACAGUUUAUAUUUUUACAAAAGAAUCUUGCAGGAGGAUUUACUGAUCUUCCUCUACGAGAUGGUUGAUACCAUCAAUUCUAAUUCAAUUAUCCAGGAAUAAAAGAUAAAUUCAGUAAUAAAGUGAUUCCUCAGACAGUACCUUGACAAAUAAAUCAUAUGAAUGAUUUCCUUAACAGAAGUUGUAUUUGUACACACAUCCCACGAAUCAAGGGCUACGAGUCAGGCAUUUUUAUUCAUUUCAUUGGCCUCUGUCUGAGACUAUUAGUGUGAUCUGAAGCCUUCAACAAUGUUUCCCAAGUUUCAGCUGCCCAAGAAGUAGAUUGUAGGACUAAUUGCUCGUGAUAUGUAAAGUGCGUGGUUAAGCCACUUGGAAAGCAAUUGUUCACCCGAAAUGUUAAGACUGUCUCAGUGUGCAGUAAUGAACAGAAAGCUCCUGGUCUAGAGGUCAGUGCCCCGAGCCGUGGGGCAGCAGGGACAAGCAGCCCACUUCUGGGGCCUCUGUUGCCGGAGCUCGGCACAGUUCUAAAACAAACACGUUCUCUUCAUUGACUUCACACAGGAGACAACUGUGAUCCACAAUUCAAAUAAUACCCUUCUUUAUCUGAAAUGUCUAUUUUUCUAAGAGAAACACUUUCCAGACUGCAGAAUGUUCUUCCCAGCAUCAUUGUGAAGUUUCUGGCUGCCUUACUUGUUUACAUGUUCUCUUAAAAGUAUUCACACGCGGGGCUGGGAUUUAGCUCAGCAGCAUAAGCACCUGCCUUGCAAGCAGGCGGUCGUGAGUUCGAUCCCUGGUACCGAUAAAAAAGAAAAAGACAAAAAAAAAAAAAAAGUAUUCACACGCCUCCUUGCAGGGCAGGAGGUGCAGUUCCAGGAGCGAGCACUUGCCUAGCAUGUGCAAGGCCCUGGGUUCCAUCUGCAACAGUGCAAAAACGGAAAUAAAUUUCUACUUACGAUUUGCUCAUCAUGCAAAAUAAAUCCUUCAAUGUCACAGCUGUGUGUGGGGUCAAAUUUAUCGAAAGUGAAUACAACCUGUUCUCAGUUAUCCUUGGUAAUUACAAUAGGAAUGCUAUUAGGAAUUGGGGCCAUAGAACGUUAAUGAAGCUUAAUGUGAGACCGAUUUCAGUUGGAUUCCAAACCCUUCUGAGCUGUUAAACAGUAAUUAAAUAGACAAGUUUCCUUUUGUUGCAUCUCCAUUAUUUUCUGCUCUAAAGUCUAGUGGGAGGAUGGUACAACGAAAAGAUCACCAAAAAACAAUAGUAAUAAAAGGCAGCUAAAGAGAAGGCAAAACAAAAGCAUGCCUAGUAUACACACUCAGUAUUACCUCCAAUGACUUGAGAAUUGCCUGGAAAUUACUAUAGACAAUAAACUGCACGUCAUUCGCCAUUUAGUUUAACACUGCAACCUCUCUGUUACCGUGAGAGGCUUUGGCUGCCUUGGAAGAAGCCAGUCGUCCAUUCUGGUAACAGGAUCCCUGAAAGCUGAGGCAGUGCUAUGUAUGUGUACUGUAAAACUGGAGGAUUAGAUCCAAGGACACAGUGCAUGUUCUAAAAUGUCACUACUUUCACUUUCUGACACUUCCGCAGUGUUACAAAUUUUGAAUGGUGCUACUGUGUUUGGAUGCUCACACUGCUGGGGAUGCAUCAGGAAAAGGAACUUUCCAUCCGGCCACUCAGCUUUCAUCCCAUUCAAAUUAGACCCGCUCACGUGCACUUCGGACAGUUUGGCUACUUACUGUAUUUAUGGAAAUGGUGACGACUACUGGAUCGGUGGGAGUUCCCAUUUUACAAAAAUAGAAUAAGACCUGCUUGCAAUACUCAUGUUGACAUCAGGAUAAUAUGAAGAAUUACAGCAAAUAUUUCCUAUUUGUUAUUAUACAUAGUUCUUUAAAAUAUCAUAAAGGGUUAAUUGUAUAUAUCAUGUGCUUUAUGAUUGCUCCCUCAUAUUCCCAAAUGAUUUUUAUUUACAUAUAUCUAAAUAAAGUUUGUCCUCUUUAAAAA